AUGAUGCGCAAUCUGAUGGUGCUCCUUGUGGUGGGCGCUUUGGCCGACAAGGCCGAGCAAGCCGACAAGCCACAGGCAGAGGCAGUCGAGGCAGCCGAGCAGGGUGAAUUGAGUGCUGGCCCUGGCGAGAACAGCUCCUGGAACUUUGUCUAUUGCAACUGCGGCCUCUCAUGUGUGAAGCAAGUGGACAACUGGUACAUCUUCAACUUGGGCCAAGCCUGUGCCUGCAAUGCCUGCCCCGAAACCAACUCAACAGAGGCAAAGCUGCGAGGCGCAAAAGCGGUCCCGUCCUCUCCGUCCUCUCCGCCCGUUCCGUCCGCUCAGUCCAAGAUGGCUUCGCUGGAAGCUGUGCCUUCGACAAAGAGCGCACCGACCGGGAGCAAAGCAAAGACCUGGGACGGCGCCACCAUGCCGGGCAGCAACCUUUUAUUCGGCCACGAGCUCUGCAAAGAGUCUGGCUGCGCCUACCUCGCCGGGGGGCUCAGCUUUGUGAAGUUGACGUUGGACGGCACUCUGGCCAGGGAGCGCGGCUCUGUCGGGGAGGCUUGCGAGCGUUCCGCGCAGCUCCUGCGACAUAUUGCUGCUCAGGUCACCGGGAAGGAGCUCGCGGAGCUGCGGAGUUUCCGGAACCCCCCGGCAGUAGUGUGCCAGGUGCUCGAGGCGGUGGCUGUGAUCUUGGGCCUUGCUGACACUCGCUGGUCCUCUGUGCGGAAGCUGCUUGACAGCAAUCUGCUGUCGCGCUUAAGCACGUACUUCAACAAAGCCGCAGUGGAUGACAUUGUGGCUGCGGGUGGCGCUGUCAACAUUGUCCAGGCAGCUUCCAAAGAGAGUCUCACGGUCCUCACAAUGGCGGAGGAGGUCUUCAGCAAGGCCUGCCUGAGGAAGGCGACCUUUGUGAAGGUUGGCACGCUGCAUCCUGACGCGCACGGCGUCAAUCUUCUCCUGAAGGUCGUUGGAGAGCUCAAGCCGGUGGAAAGGAGCGCUGGCAGGUUCUUCGAGGUCACCUGCGGAGACGAGACGGCACAGGUGAUUUUGUCCUUGCAGGAGCACCAGAAAGAUGCCAUUCAGCUUGGCAAGGUCAUUGCCGCGAGGAAUGCGUCAGUCCGGAUGGUGCAGGGCUUCAUGCGGCUGGUUGUCGAUAAGUGGGGCAAGUUGGAUGCUGACGUGAGCGGCAGCAUCGGGGAGAUUGGAAGCACGAACCUUUCGCAGAUCGAGUACGAGCUUGUCGCGCCAUGA